UUUGCCACUAAAAUAUCAAGAGCAGAGAAAAUAAAAUUUUAAUUGAAAUAAACAAAACAAAUAACUCCGCAAUGCCACACGGGUCGUACAAAAGAAGAACAGACGAAGAAAGGAAAUAUUAUGUCAACAGAUACAAUCGUCUGUAUAAAACGCGGACAGUUAACAUCGGCGCAAUGAUUGAUCAUUGGAAAGUGAUUAAAGAGGAAAACUGUUGCCUUCAUGACCCAGAUGUUGCCAAACUGCUCAUUGAAUGCUACUAUGAGAGCCGAGGCAGGAUUGUGGACCUCAAUCAUCCUCCAGAUUUGUCUUUAAAUGGACCUUCAGCUGUGUUUGAGAAUGGAGAGCCCUACAGCUUGUAUGUUAAGAAAACCUUUGAUAUGGAGAGCAGCAAAACCAUUGAAAAAAUUAUUGAACAAAUCACAAAUUCUGAUGGAAAUAGUCAAGAAAAAAGUGCAAAUGAAGCACCAGUAUUGUUUGACCAAAAGGAAAGUAAAACCACUGAUUCUUCUGCUUCUUCUCUACACACUAUAAUGAAGUUGGAAUCAGAAAAGGACCUUGCUGUAAAGAUUGAAACAGAUGCUCCAGAUGAUAAAAUAGAAAAAAAGAAUGAUGCCGACAAAGAACAGAGUUGUACAGAUUUGAUAAGUGAAACAGAAGAUGACAAUGAGCCAUUAGAUCUCAGUGAGAAAACUGACCCUAAAGCAAAUGUUCAUGUUGAAGAUGAAAACACAAUGGAUUUGGACCUUCCCUCUCUCCCAUCUUUAAAAAUGAAAAUCUGUAAGAAAGCAGUAAUUAACACAAGAUUAAAGGGAAGGGAAGCAAAGCCAAAAUCUGUGUCUAAACCUAAGAAAUCUAAACCAAAAAAUAGGACUAGAUCCAAAACUACAAAACACAGAAAAGAAUCUACUGAACCAAGUAAAUCUAGAAACAAGGAAUCUACUGUACCAAGCAAAUCUGGAAACAAGGAAUCUACUGAACCAAGCAAAUCUGGAAACAAGGAAUCUGCUGAACCAAGCAAAUCUGGAAACAAGGAAUAUACUGAACCAAGCAAAUCUGGAAACAAGAAAUCUACUGAACCCAGUAAAUCUAGAAACAUAGUGAAAAAGAAAGUGACAGAAAAAAGUGAAGAAUUAAUUGAAGCACCAGAUCCAGAUCCACCUAGAAACCCCUGGCAACACAUUAAGCUUGAGGACCAUACAGACAAAUACACUGUAGAAAAAGUGGAGUCAUUCGAAAGGCGAAAUCGUGGAGCGGAAGUGUAUGAGAUCAUGUACGUUUGUUUACUGUGUAAUCAGUUCAAGUCAGUGGGCAGGGAGGUGUUUGAAGAACACCUUGAGUGUCACAUAAACAAGGUCCUCGACUGCGCUGUCUGCGGUUACGUGGGCUUUGCUAACUCGGACAUGAUUCGUCACCGACAGGUUUGCUGCAAGGUCAAGAAGGGCAGAGAAUACGUCUGUCACCUUUGCGGGGCCAAGCUCAUAUCGCGAGGCGAAAAGGUGGACCACAUGGGAAAUCAACAUGGCAUUCCAGAGUUGCCUUGCCGAUGGUGUAAGGAGCUUUUCACUAACAGACACUUGCGGAAGAAACACUAUCGCUCUGAUCAUAAAGACCUGUGUCAGUACUGUGAUAGCUGUAAGCAGGGGCUGUCAAAGCUGACCAAGAUAGAGUUCAAGCGUCAUGUGGAGACGUGUGUGCCUGGUCACCAGUGUCAGUACUGUGGCAAGCUGUUCAGUAGGAAGCAAGGUCUCGAUAGUCAUGUGACCUUCACCCAUCUGAAGGUGCGCAAGCACCUGUGCAGCAUGUGCCCAUACACUGCCACCACCCCGGAGAAGUUGAAACUUCACGUCCUCGCUCACCAGGGUAUUAGACCAUACAAAUGUGACCAGUGCACCUUCACCUGUGUCCAGCCAUACCAGCUAAAGUCUCACAUGCGUACACACACCGGUGAAAAACCAUUCAAGUGUGACCAGUGUAACUACGCCGCGGCCUGGAACGUGCAGUUGAAAGACCACAAGAAGGCGCAUCUUAGUGAGACCGCAGUUCUCUGUCCUGUGUGCAAUGUCGUUUUCAAGAACGACAGUGUGCUAGCCAUGCAUCUGAAGAAAGCACAAUGCGGUGGCGCAGCUUCCACUGAGAAUCAGGCCUUAACCGCUAGUCGACCAUGUUACAACCCAGGCCGUAACGUUGCCAUGUCAAUUAGUUCUGAGUCAAUGAUGUCAGAGCAGGUUCUGUCACCUCCGCAGGUCAAUCGAGCAGCCCGUUCCGUUUCGCCCGAUAGCGAAUUGUCGCAUCAUUCUAUCUGUGCUCCAGCUGUUCAGGCAAUGAUGUCCCCAGGAUCGGAGGCAUCACAACACAAUGGCGUUCUGAUUGCGCGAGGGUCAAUGUCUCCAGAGUCCAGCCCCUCGUUUCGAAGCGGCAUGCAGGCAGUGGAGACUGUCAUCGGCUCACAUAUGGUGGGUAUUCCCGAGCAUGCAGUGCCAGUGGAUAGCCCACACAUUAUCUUAUCAAACCCUGCUCAUCUGGCCCAGUUUUACCAUGACCAGGCUGCACUCCACUAUCAUCAUCAGCAGCAGCAGCAACAGCAUCACAUGCCUUAUGAUCACCAACAGUGAAUGUGUCUUUUGACUUUAUAUUUUAUAGAUAUCACAGGAAAUCUUGUAACAGAAAAUGUCUUUUGGGAUAAAAGACCUUUAAAAAGCUUUAAGAUGCUUAUUAUGCAUUUCAUUCCAGUUGCUUUACAUUUCCAUAUGCCUUGUAUAAUUUGGUUAUUAUUUUAUGUUUGAACCUGCUUUACUGGUAUAUUUUAUAUAAUUUCUUUUGCUUUACAAAUGUUUUUUGUCCCCUACCGGUGAAACCUGAGGGGACCUAUGGUUUGCGCUCUGUCCGUCACACUUUUCUGGAUCCUGCGAUAACUUUAAAAGUUCUUAAUAUUUUUCAUGAAACUUGAAACAUGGAUAGAUGGCAAUAUGGAGAUUAUGCACAUCAUUUCAUUUUGUUCCUACGUCAAGAAUUCUGGUUGCUAUGGCAACAAUAUCAUGUUUACUAUAGUAAAGUUACAUAAAUCGACAUACAUUCAAAACUGUUGAGAAUAAAGUGAAUGAUAGUUUCAAAAGUAUGUAAAAGAAAGUAGAGUUGUAAAAUAACAUUAAUGUUUUUUAAUCCAUAACUCAGUGUUCAGAUAUUUUAAAUAAGCAGCAAUACCAAUUUGUAGAAAUCAAAUGGCGCAAAAAAAGCUAAUUUAAACACCAGUAUAUCCAUGAAUUUGAUAUCGGCCAGAUUAGCCUGUGCAGUGUUCACAGGUUAAUCAGGGACAACACUUAUCAUCUUUACUGGAUUUUCCCUAAGAAGAGACAUUAACAUUACAUUCCUUGUAGCGGAUCCGUGGUCUAGUGGUAACACACUGGCUUCACAAUCCAGAGAUCGCUGGUUCGAUCCCCCGCUGCACCUAAUCUACUAACUUGUCUUUCGCAUGAGACGUUAAACCGAGGUGCAGUGUACUAGGUGCUAAACACCGGGCACUAAAAGACCCAGGGUCACCUCUGGAACGGGGUGUCUCCUGUAUCUUGCACUAUCCCCUGUAACCAACUAACACGUCUUUCUGGGGGCGAUGGCCAUAUGGGAUACAAUCCCGGUGCACUCGAUAAAAAACAAAAACAAACAACAUUAAGAGGGCCCUAUCACGUUUUGGUAAAUUGACAAAAUUUUUAAAAAUGGUUCAGAUUCGCAAAUUUUGGUUGUAUUUAUGAUAUUUGUGAGGAAACAGAAAUACUGAACAUUUGCUUUGCUCUAAAAUAUCCAUUAUAGGCAACUUUUGACGAUUAAAUCGUUGCAAUUCAAAACGAUUAAAUAAUUUGGAGAGUUCUAUUGUUUUUGUUAAAUUUUGUGACACUACAAGGAUUGCUGAUAUUAAGUUUAAAAUACAUCACUUACUGUAUGAGCAACGAUGGCCGAGUGGUCUUAGCGUUGGACUUUUACUCCAGGGUCAGUGGUUCGAGCCCAGUUGAGGGUAAGUUUUUUUUCUUUAAUUUUAUAUUUGUUUUUACUGGAGCUUUUUAGAUCAAAUGUUUGCAUUUAUCAAUAUAAAGCAUUUAUAGACAAACUUCUAUAGAUGCCAGAAUCUGUGAAAAGGUCCCUUUAACGAAAUAUUCCAUUAAAGUUGUGUGUCGUCCCUGAUUAGCCUGUGCAGACUGCGUAGGCUAAACUGGAUUAUACUACUCACAUUUUUUUCCCUUGCAUGCAGCCCAUGUAAGUUAAUUCAGGUAUUGCUGGAACGUGUAUGAACAUUCUUUUUUAUAAGCGACUAUGCUUCUUGAUUGACAAGUUCAAUCAGUACAUUUAUGUAUUUAGGUACUGGUAGUAUCAGAUAAUUUGCUUUGUAAACGUAAAUUAAUGUUUUUAAAAUUAUAAAUUCUGUUGUUUAUUGAGUAAAUUUUGUUUUCUUAAAACAAAAAUGUGUGUGAAAUCAUAAACAGUAUAUGUUCUGGAAGUUGAUUGUACUGUCCAUUAUUUAGCACAUAUUGUAUGUGAUAUGUUAUUCUAUGCCCGCAACAAGGUUGAGGAGGUAUCUUGGAUUCACCAUGUCUGUCUGUCCACAGAAAAAGUUGUACUAAACAUUCUAGCUUUCGUUUAUUGUUCCUAUUUAUUAUCCUACGUUAAAAAUUGCAAAUGUUACGCACCUUUGUGAACUUGUAAUUGCUAAAAAAAGAUCAUAUGGUGUGUGCAUUGGGGAGGUAUGUUUGUUUGUGGGGUGUGUGACAAGUUUCCUACUGUUACAUACAUGUAUUAUGCAUCAUAGCACGGACUAUGCAAUGUAUAAAAUGUUUUAUUAAAUUGUUAUUGUAAAGGCAUUUAUUCGAGGUAUUGUUGGGCAAGCAAGGAUGUCUUUUGUUACUGAUAAUUAAAUAUAAAUGUUGUAUUCUUUUGCUUUUGGCUUUCUGCUUCAAUUAUAUAUGAAUAUAACGUUCAAUUGUAUGCAUAUUUAUGGUCAUGGACAAAGGGAAUAGAUAUUGAAAGGGGAUAAAAUCUUUACUUAAAGAGUUAUGAAGAAUAUGAAGUCAUAUAUUUAGUUCAAAAAACGAAUGCACUAUAUCAUAGGUCAAAGAAAUGCUUUUGUCUGUGGGCAUGGGGUUUUUACAUGUCAAAAUAUCUGCAAUUCUUGACAUUCAACAUGUUGACACAAAAGUUAUAUCAGUAUGUAUGCAAGUAUACCAUUUAUUGCAGCUAGAAGGUGAGGUUGAUAAAUAUUAAAAAAAUCAUUUAUAAGCUUACUGAUAUUGAAUGUGAAAUGUAUUAGCGAUGUAAACUUUUGGGGUAAUUAGUUUGCUUUUAAACAUUGCGUUAUGUAUACACACGUCUGAAACAUAAUGCAUUGUUUGUUGACCUGCCCAGUUAAGAAACAUGCACCAUGUCGCAGCUGAAUAUAUUUUUAGUUUUUCUGUGAGAGUUUUAAAAAUGAGACAGAAUUAAAACAAUGCAAACCAGUGCUAUUUAAUUGACUGAUGUAUUGAUGUUAGCAGUCAAACAAAAGUUCCCCAAAAACCUACAGAAGUAGAUUUUGUUUUAUAUCUGCUCUAGUCUUGAAGUGAAGAUUAUUCAUAUGUUAUCUAUCGUUUACCCAUUAUGGUUGAAUAUUCUCAUGUGCCUUUUGGAAGUCUAUAACAAAGCUUAAUUUGUAAUGUUCUUGGUUGAUUGAUCUUAUGUCGGCCAUUGCAUGAAUUGUUAUUUACAUUUUUGUUGGAAUUUGAAAUGUUUGUGUUGACAAAUUUGAAGUAAAACCAUAUAAGACAUAAAAAUUGAAGGUAGAAAACCUUGUUCAUUUUACACAGUUAUAUUUUACUUGCCAAAGUUACUUUAUUCAAAAGGCUAAAAUGACCAGCAUGCUUUUCAAAGCAUUGCAGAUUAAAAGUAACAUAAACAAGAUAAAAGCAAUAUUUGAUGGAAGUACGCACAGGCUCAUCAGAGACUACUCUGUAUGCUUUUAUUGGUUUUUAUCCAUUUUAAGACAAGUCCCUUGUUAUCAAAAAUCCAGUUAUGGUGGAAUGUGUUGUCUCUGAUUAGCCUGUACUGACUGCACAGGCUGCCUGUACUGACUGCACAGGCUAAUCUGGGACAAAACUUUUUGGACCUGCAUAGCCCAGGGGUGGUAUUCCAGAAGCAUCUUAAGUUAAAUUUUAUUUUACCCUUAAAUUGGGAAUUUUUCUUAAGUGUUUCAUUUCAUACUGCAAUAGAAAGGCAUCGAAAAUUACAUCAAAAUAACAUCAUUGUGUCAAUGUUAUUUGAGGAAUACUAAAAAAACAUGCAUGUCUGUAUUGAGUAAAGAAAUACAAAACAUUGUAAUUUUUAACUUAAGUGAAAAUAUUUAAGAAAUGACUUAAGAUGUUUCUGGAAUACCACCCCUGGUUUGCAAGAGCAAGGCUUUAAUGUUUGUGAAACAGUAAAAGUUAUUGUGUAUUGAGUGAUUGUGAUAUUCCAUGUUUGUUGAUCAGAUAGGUCUUGGUUAUUGUUAUUUAAUGUUUUACUGUACAAUUACCAUUAUUUUCCACAGCUUUAUUAAGUGAUGUAUUCACUGUCUUUCCAUAGCAAUUUAUAUUCACGUGUUUUUCCAUGUAAAAGUAUAUUCUGUACAUAAAUAAAACUAGUAAAAUUCUA